GGGUUAGGUUCAUUUGACCUCUGCUAAAUACUCUAAGAUCUACGGAUAAUUCACAACAUUUAGAAAGAAAAUAACCAGUUUUAGAGGUUUUUUACACCAAAAUGUAAAAAAAUCAUCAACACCGUUGAACAAUCCAAUAGCAACCCUGAUUAAGAGUUAAAAAUCUGUGGUAAAAAUUUGCUACUUUUUUAAUCUGAGGUACCCUAUAACCUUUUUUUCAAGACUUCUAAAUUAUUUAAACAACUAAAAAUGUUUAGAAAUUGUUUUAAUAAGUUAACUAAAUUAAGAAAUUUGAACUAUAAUCAGUAUAAUAGGCUUUUAUCAGUGGACGCUAUUGAGGGGAAAGAAACAAAUAAUGUAGGAGGAUAUGCGGAGUCUUUCAAGAAGUUUGAAACUAUCAAUGAAACUCCAAAAGAAGCACCUCAAACGUUUGCCAGUUUAUUAAAAAACUCAAAAUUUAUAGACUUAGGUGAUCCAGAAGGAAAAGUAGUUCUUGGAAAAAUAUUUCAUAUUGUUGAGGAUGAUUUAUAUAUAGAUUUUGGCUGGAAGUUUCACUGUGUAUGUCCAAGACCAGAGAAAAAUGCUAGUAACUACAAAAGAGGUGCAAAAGUAAGACUAAGAAUCAAGCAGCUAGAAUUGUCAUCAAAGUUUUUAGGAUAUGAAAAGGAUCUUACCUUAUUAGAAGCUGACUGCGCUUUACUGGGAUUAGUACAUGAUUAGUUAAGUUGAUAGUUUUAUAUGAUUGUUUGACUGUUAAUUAAAUAUAUUUUAUUUUAAUGAGA